UUCACUCAACAGCUGACUCCACUUAACAAUUUGUUUAUUUGCACGUUUUGUAAAAUAUAAAUUAUAUUUUUGCAAAAAAUAAAAAUAAAUGAACAAUUAAAUAACUUUUUAUAAACAAUGGUAACAAAUAAUCAAAAUAUUAGUACAAAUACUGAAGCGGAAGAAAAUGCAGAUUCUUGGCAAGAUUUACUAGGCAUUACCGCCGAUCCGCCAGAGCGCAGAGACAAAUGUGAGCAAUGCAAGCGGCCCCAAGUAGUAUGCUGGUGUUCUUCUUUACCUAAUCCUCCUUUGGAUAUUACCAGUUCUGUUGUCAUACUCCAACAUCCAGCUGAGGAAAAACGUUCACUGCGCACAGCUUUAAUGCUGCAGUUGGGAUUGAAACCCGGCAAGUGCACUGUCUACAAAGGCAAAAAAUUUCCUACACCAAAAAAUCAAGCCGAUCUAGAACCAAUAUUAACUUCAUCUAACUCUUUGUUACUCUAUCCUAGUCGAGAUUCAGUGCCUUUAGAGACAAUAAAAGAAAAGACACAAACCACCGGCUCAAACACGGGACCCUUUACUCUAGUACUAAUAGAUGGUACAUGGCCACAAGCAAAAGCCAUCUAUGCCAGCAGUCCCAUGUUGCAUCAUAUGACACAAGUUAAACUUAUCUCAGCCGGCUCUAGUGAUUACAUUAUACGCACCCAACCCACUGAAGGUUGUCUCAGUACGCUGGAGACAGCUGCUCAAUCGUUAACAGUUCUAGAGGGACGUCCGGAAUUACGUGAACUUUUAGUUCGUCCUUUGCAUACGCUAUGUAAAUAUCAACUCGAAAAUGGUGCCGUAGAACAUCAGUCCAAAGAAUUUAGAAUCAAAAAUAAUCAAUAUCCCAAACAGAUUGGUAAACGUCUUAAUCGUUUACUUAAUUAUAGUACGAUUUGUAGACCAACCGCCAAUGAGGAACAAACGCCUGCCUCUUCAGCCGACAGUCAUUUACAAGCGACAUGAGAAUGUAUUGUGUUAGUCAUACGAUGAAUUUAUUUCAAUAGUCAGAAUUGGACGUCUGUUCUCUAUAAUAGUUUAAUAUAUCUACAUGAAUUCAUUUAAUAUACAUAUUAUAUACAUACAUAGCGAAAUAAUGCAGCCAUUGUAUACAUAUGAAUACUUAUCAUAUGAAGAAUUCCUAAAUAAAUUUUGUGCAAAUUUAAA